CGAAUUCUUGUUCGUCGCCGCCGGAGUUCGAUUUCUUGUUCGUCGCAGCCGAAGUUGGGAAGAGCAGUUUCUGCAAAAUCUUCUACUAGGUUCCUAUUUUUGAUGGGUUAGCAAGGGAAUGGGUAAAUGCAAUAGAAGAAGUUGGGUUGAAGGUUACUGCUGAUUCUGGUGGCAAAAGCUGUGAUAAGUUGGCACCUUAUGUUAAUGAACCUUUUCAUGUGUGGAAAAAUGACACUUUUGUUGCUGCAUUUCCUUCUUCAAAGCUCAGGAGCAGCUAUGGAAUUAACUUUCCUCAGGCUCCUGCAAUUGGGUGUCAAUGGUUUUCUUGUUCAUUAUCAGAUGAUUGCGUCUAUGUAGAGCAGAUAGCUUCUUCAAGAACAUUUUGCAUUUAUGAGAAGGUAUCAAACCUUGGCAGUUAACUGAAAUUGUACAUCAAACUCAAUGCCUAACGGUUUCCAUGCCAGAAUGCUCUGAUGCAAAGGAAGAGAACAAAAUAUUGGAUAAAAUGCAUCGCCAAAAGGUUGCAGAAGUUGAAAAGCUUACCCAAACUGUGCGUGAGCUUGAUGAGGCUGUUCUUGCUGGUGGUGCAGCAGCUAAUGCUGUUCGGGAUUACCAACGCAAAGUUCAAGAGAUGAAUGAAGAGAGAAAAACUCUUGACCGGGAACUGGCACAUGCGAAGGUUACUGCAAAUAGGGUGGCCACAGUGGUUGCUAAUGAGUGGAAAGAUUCUAAUGACAAAGUAAUGCCUGUAAAACAGUGGCUUGAAGAGAUAAGGUUUUUGCAGGGGGAGAUGCAACAAUUAUGAGAUAAGCUAGCAAUUUCUGAAUGAACUGCAAAAUCAGAAGCCCAGUUGAAAGUAUUGCUUCACCCAAUUUAAUAUCUGAGUUUUAACUCAAUUUCCUAUUUAUGUCCUAGUUUAAAUUGCACUUUACUAUUUUCCCUAGGAAAAAUAUCAAUUAAGGCUUAGGGUUCUAGAAGAUACAUUAAGGUCAUCUAGCACAAGCGUUUCAUUGGAAACUUUGUUAUCUUUGGUUAAAAGCAUCUUUAUUGAUGGUGGAGUUGGUUUUGCUUUCAUCAAUGUUGCUGGCAAAAAUGAUUACCCAUUAUCUUUGUUCUUUAUUCAAUCAAUUAUGAAUCCUCCCUAAUGGAAUGGGGGAUGUUUGAGAUGUUCAUUGUGUAGUGUCUAACAUCUAAACAUUGCAGGUUGAGGACUUUUAUGUCUUGGGGGAAGAAUUUUUCAUUCCUUUGAUGGUGAAUUUGCAUGCAGUUCCCUUGGGAGAAGAUGGAAAC